AUUUAACCCCAACAUAUUUGGUGCCUCCGUGUGAAGCCUAAGGUGUUGACCCCAACAUUUUUGGUGCCGCCAUGUGAGAUGAAUAUAUGUUGAUUCACAACAGUGGUUAUACCUUUUUUUUCAUUGCAGGUCUUUUGUUUCUCUUUGUGACCAUUUUGAGUCUCUUAGUACGUGCUUAUUUCAGUGACAUUUUGCAGGGGAAGACUAAGGGGCCCCUGAUAUCUCGGGCAUCUGUGCUUGUGCCCAAUAGGCCCGUUCAAUAAUCCAUCCAUGGUUGCACUUGUAACCACACCCAACAGUAAUGUCAAAAUGCACCUGCACACCCUGGAGUACACUUCACUGCAACAAGGAGAGAAGUUAAGCUUCAUCAGAGCUGCUUGUCAGACGUCAAAUAGCUUCAGAAAUGACUCACUUUUCAUGUGAACAACUGAGUGCAACAGAAAGACUGUCUGACAAUGUGUGUCAUUAUACCCAUAUUUAAACAAUUAUGGCAUUUAGUCUGUCUCUAUGACGACUUUGUGUCUAGAACAGCUAUUAACACAACAACAAGCAUGGUCUGACAGCAAGUUGUAUGAACCACUUCUUUGAAAGCAUAACUACAAAAAUUAAAAGCCCAACAGCCAGAAUUAAUGUUGUCAUUAUAUAUUUCUUCAAACCACUGAUGUGUAACAUUUGCAUGUUAUAAUGUAGCAGAUAUGUUUAAAACUUGAUGGUUCUACAGCUCUGUGGUUAAUGUGUGGUUAUGUUUCAUUAGAAAAACUACUUGGUUAUGUGGAAAAAUACCUGCUUUUGGUGCCAUCACAGCUGGAUGUCUCACUAAAUAACAACCAGUGUUGUUAUCUGUUUCUCUCAAACAGCUGUCUGCAGCUUGGCAGACGUCAUGGCAGUGGAAGAAGGUAGUUACAAUGGACCCUAUUGCACGAUAUUAUGCACAUAUUGUCUUGUCACAUGAUCAGAGACUUGACAUUGGAUAACAUCAACAUACAUGUUACCCAGCAAUCAUCAUUGCAUAUCUGUAUAUAACAAAAAAUAAGAAAUUAAUGAUUUAAUUUAACAAUUUUAAUUUGUUAAUUUAUACUUAUAGAAUAGUUGAUUUACAGUUGUAGAAUAAGCAUAGAAUUGUGUUAUAGAUGUUAUUGACUGUUUUACAGAUAAAGUAAAACACAUAACAGAGAUGAGUUUGCCUUUUUCAAGGGCAUAGAUAGCAAAUGACACUGUAUUAACACAGGCAUAUGUUGGAGGUGGAAAUUCUCCGCCCAACACAUUGUUGGAGGGUCCAUUGUAUCUGGGGCUCCCCCCACCUCAUGUGCCCCAGUGCAACCGCCCUGCCUGCACUGUCUAUAUUUACACCCCUGCGUUAUGGCAUCCACCAUCUCCUCCACCUCCUGAUGACUGAGUCACCUUACAGACUGCGUUGCUUUAGAAACAUUGAUAUGAUAUGUAUAAAAUGUACAAAUGUAACGUUUGCAGAAACGUCCAAAGUCAAUAUUUUCUCCUGGGCUGCCAUUAAACCACUGGAGGUCAGCAGAAACAUGAUGUUCAGUUGACGUUAAAGGAGCAAUCCAACAAUUACAGCACUGUACUUUUAUAAGGUUGAGGCACUCACAAGAGACUUUAAACAAUCAAAACUGAAGCAGCAGAGGCUGAAAAACUUUUUCUUUUAGUCUCUAUUAAGAUGCAAAAACAUUGGAUCCUACGGCUUCAUUCAACUCAUCAUUCGACCCCCCUAAAACCCCAAAACUCUGUAAUGCAACCUAUUAUAAGUAUAAGUAUAAGCUCAAAUAUUCUCUCAGACUUAAGGAAUCUCCCUCCAGAGCCACAGAAGACAUUAUACACUGUUGUUUCCACCGGUUGACUCUCUGCACGCUGAACUUCCUGUGUAAUAUUGUUGGAGCGCCCUUUAAGUUACUGUCUAAGCCAGUUUGCUGGAAAAAGAAAAAAAAUCUCCUGUGGAAAAAGAAAAAAAAUCUCCUGUGGAAAAAGGUCUGAACUGAACUGAGGGCGUUAAGGACGUGACUCAAAAUUCAAAUGUUUUGUUGCCCUAUAAAAACAUUUUAUGAAUAUGAGUUACAGUGCUAACAGGCAUGAUGCAUUGCUCUGAGUAACCACUUGGUGGUAUCCUUUCUCAGACAAUGACUCCCAAUAGUACCCCCAGCUCAAAUGUGACCCUUUCACAGGAAACUGUGAGCACAUUUAACGUGAAGUAAGAAAGAAAAAACACCUGUUGUUACAGCCACAUGAAGAUGAAAACAUGUCCCAGAAGGUUCUGUUCAUUAAGCUGCUGUUGCUGCAUUACACAACCCAGAGUCAGUUUGAAAUGAAUGCAGACUGCAAUACAAAUGUUUCAGUGAAGUGCCCAGGUGUUGACUUGGGCAAAAAGGAUUUCAUCUCUUUGGCAUGGUACAAGUUCAACAACAAGGAAAAAGUUGGCAUCAUCAGGAAGGGUAAACAGAACAGCAUACAGGACUACGACUUCCCUCGAUCACCCAAACCUGAGUUUGGGGAGCAAUACAGUCUGUUCCUUGCCCGGGCUACACCUAAAGACUCGGGCGUCUACGAGUGUGACAUCAGUGCAAAUGUAGGGGGUCAAAAUCUGAAUCUCAAAGUCAACCUAACAGUUCAAGCAUGUGUGAUCCAGACUGACCUGACGACAGUGUCAACAAUGACAACUGUGUCGAACACAAGUCAGCCCAACCCGCCCUGCAGCAGUCAAGGGGAGGACCUGCCAGUCAUGUGGAGCAUCUUAGGCUAUGUGGCAGUGGGCCUCGCCAAAAUCAUUUUUUCUCUGAUCAGCAUUUGGGUUAUUCAAGCUGUCCGUAUGAGGUCUUCAAGACGACGGCGGCAUAGGUGGUGAAGCUGAUGUGAGAUCAUGUAAAUAGGCACACAAAUCUCCUAAAUCUGCAUGUACAAGUGAUUGUAUUUGCGCAUUUCUUCUUAUUUAUUGGCCUUUACUUGUUUUUUAAAGAUAUCUUUUUUUAUAUUUCCAAUAAAUUGUCUUUCGGUUUGUAAAAAUGUGUCACUGUGUUGAAUCAAACCACUUGUUGUGUUUUUUAUAGUGAUAAAAGAGGUCACCUUAACCAGA